AUGUUCAAGUUAUUCUCCUGCCUCAGCCUCCCAAGUAGCUGGGAUUACAGGUGUGCACCACCACACCCAACUAAUUUUUGUAUUUUUAGUAGAGAUGGGGUUUUACCAUGUUGGCCAGGCUGGUCUUGAACUCAGACCCCCUGACUCAGCCUGAUUCAACCUCCCAAAGUGCUGGGAUUAUAGGAAUGAGCCACAGCACCCGGUGGUGUUCUUUUUUUUUUUUUUUUUGCCAUGUCACCCAGGCUGGAGUGCAGUGGUGCAAUCAUAGCUCACUGCAGCCUCGACCUCCUGGGCUCAAGCAAUCCUCUCACCUCAGCCUUCUGAGUAGCUGGGAAUGCAGGCAUGUACCACCAUGCCUAGCUAAUUUUUUUUUAUUUUUAAAUAUUUUUGUCGUGACUGUGUCUCACUAUAUUGCCCAGGCUGGUCUUGAAAUCCUGUUCAAGUUAUCCUUCUGUGUCAGCCUCCCAAAAUGCUAGGAUGACAGGGGUGAGCCACUGUGCCUGGCCUCUAUUUCUAAUAUCUAGGCAGCAACUGUUGCUGUGUUGUUCCUCUUACAUGGUCUUAUUACCCAUUUGAUACAAAGUUCAGAUUGAUUGUUCCUGUUCAUAUUCCAUUUUGGGUUUUCCCUCUACCUAUGUGGAUUUUUUAAAAAAUUAAAUAUGUGAAAGAAUAAAGGGCCAAGCACAGUGGCUCACACUUGUAAUGCCAACAAUGUGGGAGGCCAAGGAGGGAUGAUCACUUGAGCCCAGGAGUUCGAGAGCAGCCUGGGCAACAUAGAUCUCUUCUCUACAAAAAAUAUUUUUAAAAAUUAGCUGGAUGUGGUGGUGCACAUAUGUACUCCCCGGUACUCAGGCAGGAGGAUUCCUUGAGCCCAGGAGGUAAAGGCUGCAGUGAGCCAUGAUAAUGCCACUACACUCCAGCCUGUGUGACAGAGUGAAACCCUGCAUUUUUUUUAAAGAAAAAAAAGAAUGUGAUUUUAAACAUCAGAACUGUAAGGUACUCUGAGCUGGCCAUACCAUGGUCAAGCCAUCAUGACAUCUCCAGCCCUUGUGAUAAUGUACUUUGUGAUAUUCCCCCGCCCUUGUGAAUGUACUUUGUAAGAUACAUCCCCCCCCACCUAGUGAAUGUACCCUGCCCUUGGCCCUUGCGACAAUACACCCUCCCUGCCCUUGUAAGUGUACUUUGUAACAUUCCUCCCCACCCUUGUGACGAUACACCCUCCCUGCCCUUGUGAAUGUACUUUGUAACAUCCUCCCAGCCCUUGAGAAUGUACUUUGUAACAUCCACCCCACUGCCUGCAAAAGAAAUUGCUCCUAACUCCACCGCUUAUCCCAAACCUAUGAGAACUAAUGAUAAUCCCACCACCCUUUGCUGACUGUUUUGUCAGACUCAGCCCAUCCACAUCCGGAUGUAAUACAUAGCCAUUGUUGCUUGCACAAAGCCUGCUAGGUGCUCUCUUUACUCAGAUGCGUGUAACAUUUUGUGCUGAAACCUGGGACAGUGGAACUCCUCAGGAGACCCAUCCCCUGUCCUUAUACUCCCUCCAUGAGGAGAUCCACCUAUGACCUCAGGUCAUCAGACCAGCCAGCCCAAGGACCAUCUCACUAAUUUCAAAUUGAUCUCCUUGGCUUAGUGGCUGAAGACUGACGCUGCCUGAUCGUCUCAGAAGCUCCCUGGACCAUGAUGGACGCCGAGCUUUGGGUAACUCUUACAGUGGAGGGUAAGUCCAUCCCCUGUUUAAUUGAUACGGGGGAUACCCACUCCACUUUACUUUCUUCUCAGAGGCCUGUUUCCCUUGCCCCUGUAACUGUUGUAGGUAUUGACGGCUAGGCUUCUAGACCCCUUAAAACUCUCCAACUCUGGUGCCAACUUGGACAAUAUUCUUUUAUGCACUCUUUUAGUUAUCCCUACCUGCCCAGUUCCCUUAUUAAUCUGAGACAUUUUAACUAAAUUAUCUGCUUCCCUGACUAUUCCUGGACUACAACCACACCUCAUUGCUGUCCUUAUGCCUGAUUCCAGGCCUCUUUUGCAUCUUCCUCUCAUGUCUCCCUACCUUAAUCCACAAGUAUGGGAUACCUCUACACCCUCCUUGGUGACUGAUCAGGCAACCCUUACCAUCCCAUUAAAACCUAAUCACCCUUACCCCACUCAACACCAGUACCCCAUCCCACAACAGGCUUUAAGAGGACUAAAGCCUGCUAUCACUCGCCUGUUACAGCAUGGCCUUUUAAAGCCUACAAAUUCUCCUUACAACUCCCCUAUCCUACCUGUCCAGAAACCGGACAAAUCUUACAGGUUGGUUCAGGAUCUUCGCUUUAUUAACCAAAUUGUCUAACCUAUCCAUCCUGUGGUGCCAAACCCAUAUACUCUCCUAUACUCAAUACCUCCCUCGACAACUCAUUAUUCUGUCCUCAACCUCAAAGAUGCUUUCUUCACUAUUCCUUUGCACCUCUUAUCCCAACCUCUUUUUGCUUUCACAUGGACUGAUUCUGUCACCCACCAAUCUCAGCAACUUACCUGGACUGUACUGCCGCAAGGCUUCAGAGACAACCCCCAUUACUUUAGUCAAGCUCUUUCUCAUGAUUUACUUCCUUUCCGUCCAUCCGUUUCUCACGUUAUUCAAUAUGUGGAAGACCUUGUCCUCUGCAGCCCCUCUUACGGAUCUUCCCAACAGGAUACCCUCCUGCUCCUUCAACAUCUAUUCUCAAAGGGGAAUCACGUAUCCCCCUCUAAAGCCCAAAUUUCUUCCCCAUCCGUUACCUAUCUCGGCACAGUCCUUCAUCAAAACACACGUGUUCUCCCUGCUAAUUGUGUCUGGCUAAUCUCUGAAACCCCAACACCUUCUGCAAAGCAACAACUCCUUUCCUUCCUAGGCGUGGUUGGAUACUUUUGCCUUUGGAUACCAGGUUUUGCCAUCCUAAAUAAAUCACUAUAUAAACUCACAAAGGGAAACCUGAUGGACCCCAUAGAACCUAAGUCCUUUCCCCACUCUUCUUUUCAUUCCUUAAAGACAGCCCUAGAAAUAGCUCCCACAUUAGCACUCCCUGACUUGUCCCAAUACUUCUCCUUACAUAUGGCUGAAAUACAAGGCUGUGUGGUUGGAGUUCUUACAGAGGAACCAGACCCACAACCUGUAGCCUUCCUAUCCAAACAACUUAAUAUCACAGUUCUAGGCUGGCCCUCCUGUCUAUGUGCAUUGGCAGCCACUGCUUCAAUACUUUCAGAGGCCCUCAAGAUCACAAACCAUGCCCCACUUACUCUCUACAGUUCUCAUAAUUUUCAAAAUCUAUUUUUCUCCUCACACUUGGUGCAUAUACUUUCUGCCCCCAGACUCCUCCAACUGUACUCACUAUUCAUUGAAACUCCCACAAUUACCAUUGUUCCUGGCACAGACUUCAACUCGCCCUCUCACCUUAUACCUAGCACCAAACCUGAACCUCAUGACUGUAUCUCUCUAAUCCAUAUGGCGUCCUCCACAUUUCCCCAUAUUUCCCUCUUUUGUGUUGCUAAUCCAGACCACACUUGGUUUAUUGAUGGUAGUUCUUCAAGGCCAAAUUGUCAGUCACCAGCAAGGGCAGGCUAUGCUGUAUUGUCUUCCACAUCGGUCAUUGAAGCUACUGUCCUGCACCCUUCCACUACCUCUCAACAAGCCGAACUCACUGCUUUAACUGGGGCUCUCACCCUUGUAAAGGGACUAUGUGUCAAUAUCUACACUGAUUCCAAGUAUGCCUUCCACAUCCUACAUCACCAUGCUGUUAUAUGGGCAGGAAGAGGUUUUCUCAUGACACAAGCGUCCUCCGUCAUCAACGCUUCCUUAAUAAAAAUCCUCCUUAAGGCUGCUCUACUGCCUAAGGAAGCCAGAGUCAUUCACUGCAAGGGGCAGCAGAAGUCACCAGAUCCCACUGCUCGAGGCAACGCUUAUGCUGAUAAUGCACAAAAGAAGCAGCUAGUAUUCCCACAUCUGUCCCUCACGGCCAUUUUUUUUCUUUCUUGUCUAUCAUUCCCACCUGUACUCCCACUGAAACUAUUACCUAUCAGUCCCUUCCUACUCAAGGCAAGUGGUUCUUGGAUCAAGGAAAAUUCCUCCUUCCUGCCUCACAGGCUCAUUCUAUCUUAUCGUCCUUUCAUAACCUCUUUCAUGUUGGUUACAAGCCAAUGGCCCAUCUCUUAGAACCUCUCAUUUCUUUUCCAUCAUGGAAAUCCAUUCUCAAGGAAAUUACUUCUCAGUGUUCCAUCUGUUAUUCUACCACCCCACAGGGAUAUCUUAGGCCCCCUCCCUUUCCUACACAUCAAGCUCAAUGAUUUGCCCCCACCCAAGACUGGCAGAUUGACUUUACUCUUAUGCCCUGAGUCAAAAAACUAAGAUACCUUUUGGUCUGGGUAGAUACAUUCACUGGAUGCAUAGAGGCCUUUCCCACAGGGUCUGAGAAGGCCACCAUGGUCAUUUCUUCCCUUCUGCCAGACAUAAUUCCUCAGUUUGGCCUUCCCACCUCUAUAGAGUCCAAUAACGGACUGGCCUUUGUUAGUCAGAUCACUCAAGCAGUCCCCCAGGCCUUCGGCAUCCAGUGGAACCUUCAUUCCCCUUACCGUCCUCAAGCUUUGGGAAAGGUAGAAAGAACUAAUGGUCUGUUAAAAACACACCUCACCAAGCUCAGCCUCCAACUUAAAAAAGACUGGACAGUACUGUUAUUGUUUGCCCUCUUUAGAAUUAAAUCCUGUCCUCAAGAAGCUACAGGGUAUAGUCCAUUUGAAGUUUUAUAUGGACAUACCUUCUUGUUAGGCCCCAACCUCUUGCCAGACACUAGCCCUCUAGGUGACUAUCUUCCAGUCCUCCAGCAGGCUAGAUAGGAAAUUUGCCAGGCUGCUAAUCUUCUCUUGCCUACUCCAGAUUCCCAGCCAUAUGAAGACACCCUGGCUGGACGAUCAGUUCUUGUGAAGAAUUUGACCCCUCAAACUCUACAACCUUGAUGGACUGGACCCUACUUAGUCAUCUAUAGUACCCUAACUGCAGUCCACCUGCAUUAUUAACAUAAAAGGCAGGAAUGUAAGGUCCUCUGAGCUGGCCGCAUCAUGGUCAAGCCAUCGUGAUGUCCCUCUGCCCUUGUUAUAAUGUACUUUGUGAUAUUCCCCCGCCCUUCUGAAUGUACUUUGUAGGAUACAUCCUCCCCGCCCUUGUGUAUGUACCCCACCCUUGUGACAAUACGCCCUCCCCACCCUUGUCAAUGUACUUUGUAACAUCCUCCUCGCCCUUGAGAAUGUACUUUGUAACUUCCACCCUCUGCCUGCAAAAAAAAUUGCUCGUAAUUCCAUUGCCUAUCCCAAACCUAUAAGAACUAAUGAUAAUCCCACCACCUUUUGCUGACUGUUUUGUCAGACUCAGCCCAUCCGCACCCGGAUGUAAUACACAGCCAUUGUUGCUCACUCAA